UAUUGGAGGCCAUAACCAGCUUUGAGUGUUUCUUUUGCGUAUUUCUGCGUGUGUGUUUUUGUCACCAAGAGUAGAAUGAAGAAAAAUGGAGAAGAUAAACGCAUUUUCAUAAUUUACUGGCGCCAAAUUGAGUUUUGGGUGAGGCAAAAAAUAGGGGGGUGAUAGAGGGAAAAUAACUAAAUAAAUAAAUAUAUUUAUAAAUAAAGACAACCACAACCAUUGGGGCGGGCACACAAAUAUAUAAAACUAAUUUAUACAAAAGACUAAAUCGAAUUUUUGUUAAAUUUAUUUAAGAAUGGAUGGAAAAGGAGGAAAAUGUUGAGGAUAUAAAACCGAGUGGAUGCAGUGCUGAUACUUUAGCUGAUUUCUCUCAUUAUAAUACAUAUGCGUCAGCAGCGGCAAGUCUUCGUCCAAUCAUUGAUGGCCAUUCAACUGCUGCCGCUUUAGCAGCUGUAAAUAAUGCCAUAAAUGGUGGGGGAAAUGAUCAGUCUAGUCACCUAAAACGACCUAAACAAGAACCAAGAUUGGGACAAACAAGCGGAAAUAUUUUUCUGUCAGCUGGGAAUAAUUGUUCAUCUUCCUCAACACUUUAUUCCUCAGCUCCAGCGCGUCGCCGACAUAGAACAACAUUCACAGCUGAACAACUUAAUGAACUAGAUAAUACUUUCAACAAUAUAGGCCAUUAUCCAGAUAUUUAUCAGCGAGAAGAGUUGGCACGUUCCACUAAACUUAAUGAGGCUCGUAUUCAGGUAAAUAAAUUUAAAAUUUGUGUAGUACCUCAUUCAAAAAACAAAAUAUUAAAAUAUCCAGACUAACAAUUACGCAAUAUAUAUUACUGGAAUUAGUUAUAAAUUUCCUUUAGCUUUAUUCAAUUCUUUUUGUUUUCCGGGUCAUUGCUUGGGCAAGUUUUUACAUAUCUAGAAUAGUUUCUUAUUAUAACUCCCUCAGGAAGUAGUUGGUUAAGGCUCAAAAUUGGUGGUUAUAAGGGGGGUGCGCGAGUCGAUUUUUAAGUAAAGAAGUGUUUGUUGGAGGGAAGGGGUGGGGGAGGGGAGGAGGGAGGGAGAAUCCCGAAGGCCAAUUAAUUCGCUCUAUUGAAAAUACAAGAAAAGUAAUAGAAUUGAAGGAUGGAGAGGACUUUGAGGACAAAAAGAAAUGAGAAAUGGGGGACAAAAUAAUAAUAGUAUAAAUAUAAACAUAACAAUUGAGUAAGC